AUGGGACGGGAACGCUAUGCACUCUUGUUCCAACCGGGAGUGUAUGGAUCCGCCACAGAACCACUCAUGAUACAGAUUGGAUAUUACACCGAAGUGGCUGGACUGGGUCAAAGUCCGCAGGAUGUACGAAUCAUGGGGAAAAUUGAAGUCUACAAUCGCUGCUUUGAAAAGGACCCGUACCAGGAUGGCAAAUUUAUCCCAACCGACAACUCGGAGGAAGGGCUGUGCUUUGCACUCAACUCCUUCUGGAGAGGUCUCUCCAACUUGUCCAUACAAAUCAUCACGCCAGGUUAUCAGGACACGUGUCGGGCCACGGCCAUGUUCUGGGCAAUCUCACAGGCGGCCAGCAUGCGUCGCGUCAGCAUUGAGGGAGGAGACGUCUCCCUGAUGGACUACUGCUCCAAUCCCGCAUAUGCGUCGGGUGGAUUCAUUGCCGAUUCCAAAAUUGGAGGCAAGAUCAUUUCGGGGUCGCAACAACAGUUCCUGACUCGCAAUUCCAACGUUGGGGAGUGGAGUGGUUCAGCCUGGAACCAAGUCUUACUGGGGGUAACAGGUGCCCCGGCCGAUGAUUCUAAAUAUCCGGAUCCAGCCAUUACCACAAUUGAAAGCAACCCGGCGAACCGCGAAAGACCGUGGCUUUACGUCGACGAUGCAGGAGCCUACAAUGUAUUUGUGCCAGCAUUUACCAGUGACACAAAGGAUACCUCGUGGUCUCUCAAUGGUGGCACUCCUGGCAAAUCCAUCCCCAUCUCGGACUUUUAUGUGGCCAAACCCGGUGAUGCCGUGUCGGAAAUUAACGAGCAACUUUCGGCGGGAAAACACUUGCUCUUGACUCCCGGUGUCUAUGAUGCUGAUGAGAGCAUUCUGGUGGAACGUGCCGACACGGUAGUCUUGGGAUUGGGGAUUGCAACGCUGACAGCCGUGAAUGGUGCAGUACCCUUGAAAGUUUCCAGUCAACCUGGAAUCAUUGUUGCAGGAGUGACCUUCGAUGGAGGCCUGACGCUGUCUCCUGUUCUGCUGCAAGUGGGGGCGUUAGGGGACCCUCUCACGAGCAAUGGAGAUCCAAACAAUCCAAUUACACUCUCAGAUGUCUACUUUCGCAUUGGUGGCCCUCACAUUGGCAAAUCCAACGUUUGCCUUGAGAUAAACAGCAAUCACGUGCUUGUGGAUCACACUUGGGUCUGGCGAGCCGAUCAUGGCGUGGAAGACUUUGACAAAUCGGAUGGAUUUGAUGGCGACAAUGAACGUUGGGCCACCAACACGGGCCUGAAUGGUGUCAUUGUGAAUGGCAAUGACGUGACGGCUACUGGCUUGUUCGUAGAACACUUUCAGGAAUACAAUCUGUGUUGGAACGGUGAACGCGGCAGGGUUUUCUUCUUCCAGAAUGAGCUGCCGUACGAACCUCCAUCCCAGGCCGAGUGGACUGCGGAUGAUGGCACCCUGGGGUGGGCUGCUUACAAGGUGAGCGAUGCCGUCACGGAGCACGAGCUUUGGUGCGGUGGUGUCUAUUGCUACAACCGCAACAACCCAGACGUUGUGACCGUCAAUGCCUUUGAAGUACCUGAGCGCGAUGGGGUUGUUCUGAAUCGAAUCUACACUCGCAACCUGUCGGGACCUGGGACUAUUCAACACAUUGUGAACGGUGUUGGCCGUUCAGUGACUGAUGCAGAGAAGGGCCCAUUUUACGUCAUCCAAUAUCCAUAA